AAACACGAGAAAAUCGAUGUUACGAAAUCACUAUUUUAUUUUCUAGUUUUAAUUUGUUUAAGAAUAGGUACUCACCUAAUUGGCUUGAAUUAAUUUAAUACUUAAAAUGUAAAAAAUAUAGAUCAUAAAGUCGUUUGAAAACAGGUUUCAUUUUAUUACAGUCUAGGUAGAAUUAUGGCACCAGACACAAUCGGUGAUAAGGCCGAAGAACCGCCACGAGCGCACAACGCCAAAGUUAAAGACUCGACUUCAGCAGCGGGAUACCCUAGGGCUUCGGACGAUGCGAUUAAUAGAUCAAAUGAACAAUGGCAAUUAUUGAUGCAAACUCAAAACGCCCAGAUGGUGGAAUUAAUUCAUAUGAUUAAUGCUAAUGUUAGCAGAGAACCAACGUCUGUAUUGUCCACCACAUUGCCUGAAUUUAAUCCCGAAGAAGAGGGAGCAGACGCGGUGGCAUGGUGCAAAGUGGUUGACAUUCGCCUCGGUCAAUACCCGCUUCGAGGCCCCAGCCUCAUCAUGGCACUGAGCAAAUCAUUGAAGGGCAGCGCAUCAUCCUGGCUAUCCCAGGUGACAUAUGAGGGCAUGACCUGGGACGAAUUUAAAUUUAAUUUUCUCGCGUGUUACGGCUCCGAGAAUACAUGCGCGGCAACAAUAAUAAGUAUCAACAACAGCCGCCCUAAGGAAGAAGAAUCCUACGCAGCUUACGCCAGCCGGAUAGUGAACUCAUUUCUAACAAAAUGGAAGGAUUUAACACCAGAACAAAUCGCAGUUUCUUUUGUGCUAGCUCACAUAUCCCGAUUCGACAGUAGAGUUCAAAGGAUGGCUCAUAUGAAGGAUAUAAUGACACACGAAAAACUUGUCCAGGAGUUGUCAGAGUUUUCUUAUUUGAAACAUAAACUACAACCAAAUCCCGUUGAAAAUAAUGACCUGACACCGGAAAAACGAGUUAAAAGAGUUCCUAUUGAACGCCCUGCUAGAAAACGCAAUAGUACGAAACCUAAGAAGGCUACUGCUACGUCAAGUAAGCCUGUGGACAUUGCGCCCGAGAUCUGUUAUGAAUUACAACCAAAUUCGGAUGAAAAUGUACUUAAACUUAAACUAAUUAAAAGUACUAUUGAACGGCCGGCCAGGAAGCGUAAGAGCACCAAACCAAAGACGGCUACGGCAACGUCCAGUACGCCAAUGGAUGUGAUGCCUGAGAUUUGUUAUCGCUGCGGGGAGGGAGGUCACAACGCCAUUGAGUGCCCUAAGGCGAGUGCCACUGCCCUUUCGGAGCCGGGACACGGUAGCUCGGCCAGUGCACAGAGCCACGUGGAUUCCAGUAAACACGACUGUGUGUGCUGUGGCCCACAACCUACCACGGGAACCUUACGUCAGCCACGAACAAUUGGCCACACGGAUUUGCUCGCGAGUUCGUCCUCGGCAGCUAUAAAUACUAUGGCAGGUACCAUAUAUAUAGAGAUUAUGAGUGAAGACAAAAACCAUAACGUGGACCAAUCAAACGGGGAAGAUGUGAUGCCCGCAGUUUCGCGUCUAGAAUCGUCGUCAAUAGCUCGAAAUAACACGAUAUAUAUAGAUACAGAGGCAAAUCAAGACUUAAACCAAAUUAACGAGGAAAUUAAGGCAACUGACAAGUAUGUCGAAGACAUAAAUCAGAAUGUAAUCCAAGCAAAUGUGGGAAAUGGGGCAAGCGACGUGUAUGCCGAGUUAGUCCUUUUAGAGCAGCACGCGCUGGUUUUAAAUACUGAAGAGAUAGAGUGUGGAGUGUGUAUGGACAAUUAUCAACCUGGUCAAGGGGCAGUUCUUAGAGAAUGCGUUCACGCGUUUUGCAAAGAGUGCCUCUCAGACGUCGUGAAGCACUCCGAGGAGCCAUCAGUUUCAUGCCCCGCCAUGGGCUGCCCUGGGUUUCUGGAGCAGCGGGAAAUCCGCGCGCUCGUAUCCCCGGAGGAAUAUGAGCGAUGGCUGGCGAAAGGCCUGGCUGCCGCGGAGAGCGGCGCUCGAAACGCGUUCCAUUGUCGAACCGCCGACUGCCAGGGGUGGGCGAUGUGUGACCCAGAUGUUAAAAGGUUUCUCUGCCCUGUUUGCGAUGUUAUAAACUGCGUUACCUGUCAGGCGAUUCACGAGAAUGAAACUUGCGAAGAGUAUCGCGCCAAGCAAAAGUCUGACGAAAAGACCAAAACAUACCUCGAUAACUUGUUGUCGCGCGGAGAAGCGAUGCAGUGCCCAGAAUGCAGUGUUAUUAUAACAAAGCAAUUGGGGUGCGACUGGAUCAAGUGUACGGCCUGCAGGACGGAGAUCUGCUGGGCGACGCGCGGCCGGCGCUGGGGCCCGCGCGGCCGCGGCGACACCAGCGGCGGCUGCCAGUGUCGCGUCAAACGGAAGAAGUGCCAUCCUUCUUGUCGCGAUUGCCAUUAGAUUUAAGUAUAUAGUUUGACCAACCGUCGUGUUAUUAGAAAGAAAGUGUGAUAAGAGGGGGCGUAAAGCCUGCAGGUAUGCCUGUAAUAUUUUGCUUGUCCUAUUCCUCGGAUUUAUCAUUAACUAUUUUAUACUAGUGGCUCUGUGAGAUGUAGGCUACAUCUUUUUUAAGCUUAUGAAGCUUAGUAUCGCGAAGUCUACAGUGGACCAUCAGCUUACAAAAGCAUUUUUGUCCAAGCUGAAACGGAGACCUUCGCUAACGCUCGGUCUUAUACUACUGCAGUUAUGUUAUGGUAUGCCAGGUAACGAUAUGCAACUGAAAAUGUUAUUUAUAGUGCGGGAAACAGCACUUUCCGUGCGUAUGUCAAAAGUUUAAAGGGCCAUAUGUAUCUAAACGUACGAUACACGUUCGAACAAGUGAUUUGCAACUAUUUUAAUUUAAUUACUCGUUUCGAAUUUCCUUGUAUCGCAUUAAUAACUAUUACAAGUGGAUGGCCCUUUAAAUUUUCGACUUCUUAAGCAUGUAAAGUGCUUUUUGCCGCCGGGAGAAAAUAGCACCAUUUGUACUGUAGGUAAAUAUGUAAAUGAAAAACAGGCAUGCUUUCGUGAUUUUUCUACUUUAAACUUUUGAGGUUUUGGGUGGAAUCUGCCCCCGCCAAUGUACAGUCAGCGGUAUAUUAAAGGUAAUGCAUAGAAUUCCGAUUUGUAUGCAAAGGUGCUAAGCUAAUAGUAUUGCUGACUGUUACCUAGUCUAGUUUCCGCGUGAAUUUUUUAAUGGCAUUUGCCCUUGAUUAAAACGUAAAAAUGUAAUAAAAAAACUAAGUGGGAUUUUGUGUUAGCCCCCUCUUGCAAAAUAUUGAGGUUCCUGCUUUCGGGUUGGUGGGUCGGUUGAUGUAGUAGGCAGUGUCUAAAUUUUGCUGUCUUAUAUUAAGAGGGGCUGUGAACACAGUGUACGCUACGGCCGCCAGGUUUCCCGUCAAGGCCUGGAUUUUCCGGCUUUUGUUUAGUCGUACUAGACACACUAAUAACACGAUGGUAAGCCAGACUACAGUUGAUUUAUAUUCAAAUGAUCUCAGUCAGGAAUCUUUUUAUUUUUUUAUUCCAUAAUGUAAAAGGUACAAACUGCAGUCGUCCACCUUACAAAUAAUAAUGUAUGAUUGUUA